AGUCAGCACACAAACCCGGCUAGAGACGCCAUUGUAAAAUAGUGAAGGGUGGUGGAGAAAGGGGAAAUAGGUGGAUUGUGAAUUGUUUGCUUUUAGGUCUUAGUCCUAUAGUUAGCGGCACGUUUUUUGAAAAAACGAUUUCUCCUUUGUAACUCCCAAGCUAUCGAUCAUGGCGUGUGGAGCCACGUUAAAGCGUUCGAUGGAGUUUGAGGCCCUCCUUAGUCCACAGUCCCCAAAGCGGAGGAGGUGCAACCCGCUGCCGGGGACCCCGGGCACUCCGUCCCCUCAAAGAUGCAACCUCCGGCCGCCAACAGACAGCCCUUCGCACUCGAUGUCACCUCAAUCGAUGGGAGGGGAACACAGGCUCACUCCAGAGCAGAUCUUUCAGAACAUCAAGCAGGAGUACAGCCGUUACCAGCGGCGACGGCAGCUGGAGGGGGCCUUCAACCAGAGCGAGGGGUGUGGCCCCAGCGAGAGCCAGAGUCAGAGCCCCGCCCUCCCUGCCCCCAGCUCCCCACCAGGCUCCUCCUCGGUGAGGAAGGACCAGCCCUCGUUCACCCUGCGGCAGGUGAGCUUCCUGUGCGAGCGUCUCCUCAAAGAUCACGAAGAGAAGAUCCGCCAGGACUACGAACAGAUCCUCAACACAAAACUCGCAGAACAGUAUGAAUCCUUUGUGAAAUUCACACAAGACCAGAUCAUGCGGAGAUAUGGAGCCAGGCCGGCCAGUUAUGUCUCUUGAAGAACUCAAUCAGCAGGUACCAGCCCUCCACUCUACAAGAUGGCUGCUGUAGCCCCCACGCCCAACCCACCCCACCACCCUUCAUUUUUUUCCCUUUUUGGUUUAAAUUUAUUAUAUAUAUUUUUUUGCGAAGCGUUUUGGUGCCAUGUUUUAUCCAUAUUUUAACCCCCCCCCCCCCCCCCCCCCCC